AUGUCUAGUUCAAAAAAGGAUACGGAACGAAAAAAGAAGGACAUGAUAGAAAAACUUAAAAGUGGUGAAUUUAUAGCAAUAGUAGAACCACCAUCGUCAUCUCACGGUUCAUUUUGGGAACAUUUAUUACGUAUUAAAUGUUUAAAUAAUGAAUAUCAACCAUUCGUACAAUGUCGAUUGUGCUAUGAGAUAUUAUCAUAUAUUCCAUAUCAAAUGGAACUUCUACAACUAGCUAUCAUGUUAAAAACUGUUUGGUUAAAUCAAAUACACUAA